CCGCUCCAAUACAUUCCCCAAUUCAGCAGCAGCAGCGCCUCCUGCGAAUAGCGAAAGCGAGAGCGGGAAGCGGGAACUCGAAACCUCGGCGAGCGGCAUGGCCACCGACGGCGAGCGCGCGGCGGCGGCGGUGGAGGAGACGCCGGAGAAGAAGGAGGUCGGCGCAACGGAGCUCCCCGCACCCUCCGGCUGGACGAAGAAGCUUGCUCCCAUUCGAAGUGGAAAAUUUGAGGUGAUUUUUGUUUCCCCUACCGGUGAGGAGAUUAAGAGCAAGAGACAGCUGACCCAAUACCUGAAGGCACACCCUGGAGGCCCUGCAUCUUCGGAGUUCGAUUGGAACACCAGUGAUACUCCCAGGCGGUCAGCACGCAUAAGUGAGAAAGUUAAGGCAACUGAGAGCCCAGAAGGUGAGAAGACCCCUAAACGAGAAAGAUCAAGCUCUAAGAGGGGCAAGAAGGAGAAAAAAGAGGAGACAGUGGAUGCCACUGAAACUGGAGAUCAUGGCACUUCAGAAAAAGCAGAAGGCACUGAUGUGGAGAUGAAAGAUGCUGAAAAUGCCCAAGAGAAGAAAGAGGCCCCUAGUUCAGAUGCUGCAGGGAAGACUGGAGAAGGUGGCAAAGGCGCAGAGCAGCCUCAUAAUGUCACUGCCCCGGUAUUAGAGACUAAAGCAGAUGAAAAGAUAGCUGAAUCUGAAGUAGCUCCCCCUGCAUCUGUAGAGGGAGGGAAGAAAGAGGAGAAAAAUGAGAACAGUCCGGCAGCUGAAUCCGCGGUGCCUCCCCAAGCAUCUUCAGAGGGAGAGAAGAAAGGGGAUGGCGGUGUGACCGAACCCACGGCAUCACCUGUGGUUGAAACGAAGGCAGAUGCUCCUGCAGCAGAGGCAGCAAAAGAGGCUGAGAAUUCAGACCAGGCGAAUGCCGCUCCCCAAGAACCAUCGGCAAUGAACUGUGACAACAAGGGGCAGAUCCAACCAGGUGCCUCCGCCGUGAGGUGCACUUAAGGAUGCUCGGUCUCAGAUGAGACCUGGCACCGUGUGCUUAGGACAAUGUGUGUCGCAUUUGCUUUGAGAAUUGUAAUCGUGUUUAACCUGACAACGCUGCGUAGCAAUAGGCUGCCCAGCGUGUAGCUAUCCUUUCCUUUCGGGCGGCGGUGUCGCUGUGGAGCAGUAGGCUGGCCCUGUGCCGCCUCGGUCAUCCGCAGGCACCGCAAGCUUGUAACUCGUUAGCAUGCACAUUGAUCUCUGGAGAGGGCAGGAGGACAUAGUACGCCACCUGUGUUGUACCUUGCGUUAAUGAACCUAUGAUCCAUAAAUAAAGCCGUUAACGUGGCAGGUCAUUCCCUGACCACCUUCAGGCGCAA